AUGGCGGGGCGAUCCGCGGAAGCGGAGAGCCGUCGUAUUGAUGAAAUCGAAGCCCUUUCAUCCAUCUAUGGGGAAGACUGGUGUGUUGUGGAUGAAGACGAAAAAAUCUAUUGCAUUAAAAUUAGUGAUUGUUUGGAUCAACCAAAAUGGACCCUCUGUCUGCAGGUGAUUUUGCCACCAGGAUAUCCAACUGCAGAGCCACCUAUUUAUCAACUAAAUGCCCCUUGGCUUCGAGGAGAAGAUUACACGGAACUAGCAAAUAGCUUGGAAGAAAUAUAUGUACAGAACCUUGGUGAAUGUAUACUUUAUUUAUGGGUGGAGAAGAUACGAGAAGUUCUGAUAGAAAAAGCACAGACAUCAGAUCCAGAUCCAGAUACUAAGAAAACCAGUGAAGAAGUUAAUGAUGAUGAUGAAGAAGAUGGUUUUCUCCUAGACUGUCAAUCUGUUCAGGAAAAUCCAAUUAAAAUGUUAAAUUAUGUUAUGCCUGAAAGUCAAGAAGAUGAGGAACUGCCACCCAUACAUCAUGGAAAUCCAAUCACAGAUCGAAGGAGUACUUUCCAGGCACAUCUGGCUCCCGUUGUGACACCCCGACAAGUUAAGAGAGUUCUUGAAAAAUUAUAUGAGAAUAAGAAAAUUGCAAGUGCUACCCACAACAUAUAUGCAUACAGAAUAUACUGUGAAGAUAAGCAGACAUUCUUACAGGAUUGUGAAGAUGACGGGGAGACAGCAGCAGGUGGACGUCUUCUUCAUCUUAUGCAGAUUUUGAAUGUCCACAACGUGUUAGUUGUUGUAUCCCGCUGGUAUGGAGGCAUUCUUCUAGGACCAGAUCGUUUUAAACAUAUAAACAAUUGUGCAAGAAAUGUACUUGUGGAAUACCACUAUGUACAUUCAGUGGACGAGUCAUCUAAACAAGCAGGAAAAAGCAAAAAGAUAAGGAAGGACAACAAGAAGAGAACAUAACGGUGUUUUUUAAAAACUAUAAAAGAUUAUUUUGCACAUAUUUAUACAAAGAAAACAUGGACACUAUUGCUUUAUCCACAAAAGACAUUUUGUAUUCAAAAAAUAAUUCAGUAAAGCUACA